GAGGAGCGCGUGGAGGCGCCGCCCCCCAAGCGGACCACCUUGGUGCAGGACCUCGCCGACUUGCUGCCGUGCACCAGAGGCGGCGGCAGCCUCCUGCCGUGCCGCUGCCACGAGGGAUUCCACCCGAUGGAGCUGGGCGAGGCGCACUACCCCCGCACCCUGAGCGCCGCGGUGUGUGUCCAGAGCCCCCACUGCCAGCCCUACGUGUACCACGUGCCCGUGCUCACGCACAAGGACCGGCAGACCCAGUCCAGCCAGGGCGGUCAGCCCGCGCCGUUGGUCCCCGACAGCCUCCGCAAGCACUGGCACUUCGAGUACAAGGCCGUGCCCGUGGCCUGCGAGUGCGUCCUUCAGCUCGCCCAGCACGGCCAGCACGGCCAGCACGGCCAGCACGGCCAGCACCACGUCCACUACGACGGCAGGGGCCUUUGAAGCGCUGCGAAGGGCGGCCCCGAACGCCGGCAGUCUCAUCAGUGGAAACGAAAACGGACCCGCUGCCGAAACCCCGCGUAGAGUCUCUCCCGCGAGGGGUAGAGAAGAGACCCAACUCUUUUUCGGUACAUGCUAGGAGCGCGCCUGAAAAUGCACCCAGAAAUUCAAUUGCAGCAAUCUCGGCUCUCGGAUUUGUGAUGGCCGUUUAUGUUUAAUUAGUCUGAACGUGGGAAAGGACUGUCGCAGUCCCUCUCCAUGGAUUGGAAGUGGCUGCUCCGCGCCAAGAGUGCUGUUUCGGAGGGCGGAGAGGGAGCGCUUCUCUGAGACAAUUCUGAGUGACACUCUGAAAGUAGCUGAGCAGAGUGAGCCCUUGCUUUCUGAAACUUUAUCGAGUGAUACUCCGACAUUGCUGCAAGCGCACCUUCCCGUCCUCAGCUCACUUCAUUUCCCGGGAGAGGCUGCGAAGUACACUUUUUCAAAUUUUAAAUCAUGAAGUGCCAGCGUGCAUUUUCGGUGCCCCGUCGUGUUUUGCAUGCCGCUCUGUGCCACCAGUCCCCAAAGAAAUGGCCCUCCUGCCUGCGGGCCGCGAGCUGCAACCCCGCAGGGAGUACCCCUCGCUCCGCAGACUGAUUCUCAACAGUCCUCCUCUCUCUUGCACCUCAUUGGGCGUCCAUUGGGGAUGCGAGAGAGACAGAGCGAGGAAUCAAAUCAGCCCUCUGGCGAUCGCCCACGAUGCAGCACUGAAAUUAGCGCGGAGUAGCUGGGCCAUUUCUCUGCAGACUGCAAACCCAGACUCGUUGUUGUUUUUGUUGACGUUGUUGUUGUUGUUUGUUUGUUUGUUUGUUUGUUUGUUUGUUGUUGUUGUUGUUCCGCACGUCGUGGCUGGCGUUGCUAAGGGACCAGACCGAGGUGCAAACGACUGGUAAAUUUCACGUCAGCUGGCAGCGGGAUGAUGGAUUGUCGGGAAUAGGAAUUACUUGAUUACCGUUUUGCUUGUCAGCCGGAUUAACCGAGUCGCUUCCCUCUCCGUCCAGACACGCAGAUCGUGUGUGCCUUAUCACAAAUACGGCAUGUAAAUAAAAGGAAUUGAAGCCAUUCGCCGCAAUUCGUUUAUGACACCUCUCUUCCACCAACGAACUCAAAGUUAAUUUCAGUUCGCGUUUGGAAACAUUACGCAUUUUGCCAGACAGUGUGGAGGGGCGGUUAAACUGCGGUUCACAUGCUCGGAGCAGUGCUGCCUGCUGCCACAUAAGCAGGCGAAAAUUCCUCUCUGCACCAUUGUCGAAAGGGUUGGCAGCUGUUAGAUACGCAGUGCAUCCAAUCCAAGAUACAAUCAUCUAGUCACUUGAUUCUAGUGCGAUCUACCAGAAGGCAAGCUGAGGUUGGUAACUCUUUCGACACUGGUGCAUUAGUGUUGAUGUUUGACUGCA